AUGGUUCUCGUUCCGGGUCUGCUUCCGCCUUCGCGCGAGAAUUGGGUUAUCAUCAACAACCUCUGGCAGUUCUUUCCCGUCGUAACCGGAAUCCAAUGGCUCGUUGACUACUACCCUCAAGGCAAGACAUCCGUCGAGUCGCGCUUCAAUCUCCCUGGAAAAUGGGCCUGGGCUAUCAUGGAAGCUCCGGGCUUCAUCACCCUGCUCUACAACAUGAAUGCGCUGCCUGCUGAGCUGGGUCUGGGCCCGCUGCCUUGGGCCAACUGGACCAUGGCUGGCCUCUACACUAUCCACUACGUCUACCGCGCCAUCCUCUCGCCGCUCUGGCUCAACCCGAGCAUGUCUCCCAUCCACCCUCUAGUCUUCGUCUCAGCUCUAGCCUUCAACCUCGUCAACUCGCUCUGUCUCUCCGGCUGGCUCGCCGGCUACGGCCCCACCACCGUCUACGACUGGGCCGGCCGCCUCUACUGGAUCGAAGCCGGCCUCGUCAUCUGGGGCUGGGCUCUGCUCGGCAACAUCUUCCACGACGACGACCUCCGUGAGAUCCGUCGCUCUGCUCUGCGUCGCCAGAGAGAACAGGCUAAGAAAGACAACAAGCCCAUCGAGGGUGUCGAGAAGCUUUACAUGAUGCCCAAGAAUGGACUUUUCCAUUAUGUGCUUUUCCCUCAUUAUCUUUGUGAGUGGUUUGAGUGGGCGGGCUUCUGGAUGAUUGGGGGUUUGGGAUGUACUCCGGCCAGAGCUUUUCUCUUUAAUGAGAUUAGCACUAUGUUGCCUCGUGCGCUGCAAGGAAGACGUUGGUAUAUCCAGAAGUUUGGCAAGGAUAGGGUUGGCAACCGUAAGGCUGUCAUUCCUGGUCUGAUCUGA